CGCUGUUCCUGCGCCAGUAUCCCUCCGCCAGCCCUGUGGCCCCAGUGUGUGCGCUUCCUGGUAUGAGAAGCCCAUUCCCACCCCCCCUGGGUCCUGUGGUGCCUGAGGAGAAGUAAUUGGAAAGUGCAGCCAGAGAGGGAGAGAAGUAGAUGGGCGCAGUGUGCCUAAUAGGAAAUGGUGAGGGCAGUGAGGCAAGUCAUUAUUCCAUAGCGCUCAGCAGGAUGAGCAGCAGUGGGACCGGCGCUGCUUGUGGGCUCUAGUCAGUCGCUGCCGCCGCUCCAGCCACAUGAGUUCCUACUUUGUCAGCCCCAUGUAUCCCAAGUACAAAGACGCCAUAAAUUCAGCUUUCUACGAGUGUCCCUAUGGGCAGGAGGUUGGCAGCGGCAGGGCCCCGUUGGUAUAUAGCGGCAGCGGCAGCGGCGCCCCUCAGGACUACUACCACCACCCCGGGACCCUGCCGAGCCCUGGCUACCAGCCGGCCCCCUGUGGGAUUACGUGCCACGGCGACCCCGCUAAGCUUUAUGGCUACGAUCAUUUCCAGAGGCAGCACAUUUUUACGACCCAUCAAGAGGCUGAGCCGGUCCAAUAUCCUGACUGUAAAUCGCCCAGUGCGAGUAUUGGAGCGGAUCCAGAGCACUUACAUCAGAACUCGCCUGCGUCUCACAUGUUCCCCUGGAUGAGAGCACAAGUUGCCCCAGGUAGAAGAAGAGGGAGACAAACCUACAGUCGCUUCCAGACCCUGGAGCUGGAGAAAGAGUUCCUCUUUAACCCUUACCUGACCAGGAAGAGGAGGAUCGAGGUCUCUCACGCACUGGGACUGACAGAGAGACAGGUCAAAAUAUGGUUUCAAAACAGGAGGAUGAAAUGGAAAAAGGAGAACAGCAAAGACAAGUUCCCAGUCUCCUCACAAGAGGGCAAGGAGGAGGCUGACAAGAAAGGGGGGCUUCAUCAGGAGCAACAGGGCAGAGAGGGCUCCAACUGAAAUUACUGGGACUAGGAUUCCCCAUUCUGGUAUAUGGGAUGCACUGCACUCUGUCUGCACCUCUCCCCCAUUCUGCGCAACUCACCGGGGUGUAUAACUACCUAGGGCACAGGACCCAAUGCCUGUGUGUAUAUGUCUCUGCACAAACGCAAAUGCACACUAGGGACUAUGCCAAAUGGGGGGGUUUCUGUCGCGGAUUCGGCAGAUUUCAGGCAAUAAUACUGCAACAAUUAAUUUCCUAUUAGAUGAUUUUAUAUGUAUUUGUUCUAAACACGAUUUCUAAUCAAAAUGAUGUGCACUCGAGAAUCGGGGGGAAAGUAUUUUUGUAUAUUUGUAUGUUUUAUUUACGCAAAUGCAAAAUGUAUAUUUUAAAAUAAGAGGCGAGAACUCUAAUGAUUUUUCUUUGUUUAAAAUGACCAAAUUAAAGUUUAUGUGCCUUUUAUAUAAUUCUAUAACAUGCCUUUCAAUGCUGGAAUAGCAAAUCGUUUUCAAACUAUAUAUAUAUAUAUAUAUAUAUAUAUAUUCAUCUAAUUUUAACUGUCGUAUUGUUAGUGAACAUGUUGCAAUUGUGGUGACUGAAUUGUAAACCACGGUUCGAUAGUAUCUGCUAAAUUACUUGUUAGAUUAUGCACCAGAAAAUUACUAUUUGAAACUAAAUUGAAACUAUUCGGUAUAAAUGAAGAAAAACGGCAGUUUUUAGGCAUAACAUUUAAGUUAUUACUAUGCACUGUGCUAUUUAGGUAUAUAUGUAUGUAUGUAUGUGUAUAUAUAUAUAUAUAUAUAUAUAUAUAUAUAUAUAUAUAUAUAUAUAUAUAUAUAUAUAUAUAAUUUUAUACAUACAUAUUACAUACAGUCGGCAAUUAAACAGACAGCAAUGAACAAUUUAAUAGUAGGAGUGAUUUUACCUAAUCUACCUAUUUUAUUUCUUGACGUUAAAUUAUCGUUUCUUAAUUAUCUUGUUUCGUUCUAUGUUUUGAACAAGAGAAUUUGCUUUUAUUGUACCGUGUAAUUAUUCAGAGACUUGAAUCUCGGUUAUAAGGUAAAUGUGUGUCAUUGUAUUUGAAUCAGUUCUAAUUAACUUAAGAAUUAAAUGUAUUUUAUCGGAAAACAUCGAUUUAAAAAAAAAAAAAAUACAAAUUGCUGCCUUUGGAGUCUAUGCUGUUGCAGCGCUGGAAUAAACGAUUAAACCAAG